AUGCCACUCACUGCAGAAGACUUCAACAGAGCCAUGGCCCCGUCGACCGACGAGCGCCGGAUAUACAAGGGCAAUUGUCAUUGCGGCAACGUCCGGUUCACGAUCAAGAUCGCGCCGCUGGAGCAGAGCAAGGUCGUCUGCUGCAACUGCUCGAGCUGUGUCAAGCACGGCUACCUGCUUGUCUACCCAAGGAUUGAGGACGUCGUCUUUACCCACGGCAGCAUGGACUCGAUGUCUGAGUAUCGAUGUGCCACUAUGUCUCGGCCGCAUAAAUUCUGCGGCAACUGUGGGACGCCGGUCAUGAUCCAGCUCGAGCAUGGAGACACGCACCACCUGCGAGAGAACAUCGCCGUUAACAUCCGAACACUGGAAGAUGUCGACGAGGUGUUGGAUAAAAUCCAGUUCCAGAGAUUCGAUGGGAAGAACGAGAUUGGGGAAAAGUACUCCCUGCCUCCUGUCUAG